UACCAGACUGCUGGCUCUUCCCCCUGUCUUUUCCAAUGACAUGAGUUACUGGUAUCCAUAUCAGCUGGAUGUUAAGGGGUUUGUUGGCACUAAUCAAGUGUUCUCCAACUCCACCACGAUGGUCUUCAGUCCCAAGUGCAUGUCCGUCUUUAUCCAGACCGACAAGAACAACUACCAACCAGGGCAGACGGUGAAAUUUCGGGUUGUAUUGGUUACUCCUGAAGGAAAUCCGCACAAGGGUCAGAUCAAUAUUUUUAUCAAGGAUCCCAAGGGGAAUUUGAUUCGACAGUGGCUGUCUGUGGAUGGUUUUCUAGGUGUUGUUUCGAAAGAGCUGAACCUCUCUCAGAACCCGCCGCUCGGCCCGUGGAAAAUUGUAGCUGGAAUCAAUGAUGUUGUACAUGACAGAGUGUUCACUGUGGACUACUAUGUGCUGCCUAAAUUCGAGGUGAAGGUGGACGUCCCCUCCGCCCUGCAUUAUGAAGACAUACUGACCGGGAUGGUCACAGCCAAGUAUUUUUAUGGGAAGCCUGUCAGUGGAAUGAUGUCUGUCACAUAUGUCCACUUUUUCGAUGGCCUUGAGAAGCGUUACCAACUUAAAGAAACAAUUGACGGUUCUGCUGCUCUCACAUUUGAUGUGUCGAACUCCAAACGGUUAGGUGACUACAUAUAUUCCUAUUACGAUGAAUAUGGGCCCAGUGAAUAUGUCGACAUUAUCGUGAACGUCACAGAUGCUACAGGGUUAACCUACAACAGCAGCGCGAGGGUUUCUAUUGUGAAGAAUAAAUAUAUUCUGGAAUUUCUGCAGCAUCCACAGAUCAUAAAACCUUCCAUGACCUUCACUGCUCAGCUGAAGUUAAGCACCUAUGACAGCCGGCCGCUGUCAGCUGAAGAGCAGAGCAGAAGCGUGCGGCUGGCGGUGACCCAGAACAAGUUCAGCCCCUGGACGUGGACGUGGAACAGCGAAGAAUCCCCAGAGCCUCGCACAACGAACGGCAAACUAACGACCAGCUUCUCUCCCAUUUACGAUAUUCCAGUCGAAAAUAUGGAUCUUCCUGUUACUGCUGAUGGUGUGAUGUCUUUCCAGAUUCACCUCUCUGACAGCAUUGCCACGCUUGAUAUAGAGGCCCGGUUUGAAGACACAGUCCAGCGUCUUCAGCUCUACAGGAGUUAUUCUUCACCGAGCAGAUCCUACAUACAGCUUCACAGAGACAGUGAGCCUCAGGUUGGACAGCCGCUGGUUUUGACUUUGGAGAGCAAUUUUAACCUGGCAGAAUUUCACUACCUUGUGAUGUCCCGCGGUCGGGUGGUGGAUGCUGGGACGGUGCAUUCCUCCUCCUUCAGUCUGAACACGGAUCACUCUUGGACUCCAGUGGCUUGUGUGAUGGUGUACCACACGCUUCCAGACGGAGAGAUCGUGAAUGAUGCUCUGCAAGUUACUUUCACUCAAGUCCUGAGAAACACGGUAUCUCUGAGCUGGAGUCAGGAUCGUGCCGAACCAGCAGAUUCCGUCUCUCUCUCCGUGUCUGUAUCCGAGCCCGGAUCUCUGCUGGGAAUUCUGGUGGUGGACAAAGCAGCAUUGGACUCCAGCAAAGACAAUGGCAUCACAGAGAAGACGGUGCUGGAGGAAUUCAUGUCGUAUAGCAGAGAGAUGACCCAUGCGGAUUACAGCAGCGUAAAAAUGGGAGAGCCGUAUUCCAUAUUCAUGACGUGCGGCGUCACGGUUCUGACCGAUGCCAAGCUGGAUCAGGAAAGGAGUCAAAUAUUCCUUGCGUUCCGGCCGGAAAUCCUUAUGAAUCAGCAGGAUAGCGGUGGUUUUCAGGAGCCCAGAAAGCGAACAGACUUUCCUGAAACCUGGAUCUGGCUGGACGCUAAUAUGAGAUAUGGAGGUGAGAUUUGUGUGAUGGUUGUGGUUGCAGAAAGUUGGAUGUUUGAGUUUGUGUCACCAGACAAUGGAGGAUUUUCCUUGGGCAACGUGAGGAAAGCCUUAGUGUCGAGUCAGAACAUCACAUCACUUCUGUUCCCCAUCAGAGCCACAGCGCUGGGAGAGAUUCCCAUCUCCGUCAAAGCCACGUCUGUCUACUCUUCAGACUGGGUCUACAAGACGGUUCUUGUCAAGCCAGAGGGACUGGAGCAAUCAUACUCUCAAACCUUGUUUCUGGAGUUUCAACUGAAGCAGAACAUGCUGACUAGGACAAUGUCGUUUAGUUUUCCUGCAAAUGUGGUUCCUGACAGUCAAAGGGCCAGUGUGUCUGCUGUGGGUGACAUUCUGGGCCCGUCCAUUGGCAGUCUGGACUCUCUCAUUGAGAUGCCUUAUGGUUGUGGAGAGCAGAACAUGAUCCAUUUUGCUCCAAAUAUUUAUGUUCUCCAGUACAUGAGAAGCACCAAGCAGACUGAUGAACAGACCAGAAACAAAGCUAUGAGCUACAUGAUGGAAGCUUAUGAACGUGAGCUUUCCUACCAAAGGCUUGAUGGCUCCUUCAGUGCUUUUGGAGACAGUGAUGAUUCUGGCAGCACAUGGCUGUCAGCGUUCGUGCUCAGGUGUUUCCUCCAGGCUCAGGACUUCAUUUCCAUCGACCCGAUGGUGAUGCAGAGGAUAGCAUAUUGGCUACUGGCUCAUCAGAACGCUGACGGUUCGUUCGAGGAGCCGGGUCGGGUCAUCCACACAGAGCUCCAGGGAGGACUGGAUGGGCCGGUGUCUCUCACGGCAUACGUCCUUAUAGCGCUUCUGGAGGACGCUGAAUACAGGAGUGCAUUUGAAGGCAGCAUUUCUUCUGCCGUGAGUUUCCUGACGUCUCGACUGGCUCAGAGAAUCUCCAGUAACUACAGCCUGUCUUUAGUGACCUAUGCUCUGUCACUGGCCAACAGCACCGCCGCCCCAUCUGCCCUCACCGAGCUGUUGAACAGAGCACUAAUUGUUGAUGGAGUGCCAACCUGGAGACCCCCAGCCAACGUCCUGUACAAUUCCUGGCAGCCAAGUUCAUCAGAUAUUGAGAUGUCGGCCUACGUACUGCUCGCCAUGCACAGACUCAAACUAAUGGAUGAAGGAUUCACUCUGGUGAAGUGGCUCAGUAAGCAAAGAAACCAUCUUGGGGGAUAUGGAUCCACUCAGGAUACAGUGAUGGCGUUGCAUGCACUGUCAAUCUACGCCACCUUCAGCAGCGCAGAGUCCAUAGAUCUCACCAUCACUGUGAACGGUGCCUCCGGUGCUGCCGCCACAUUCAACAUAGACAGAUACAAUUACCUGCUCCAGCAGAGCCAAGACCUGCCCAUCGAAGCAGAAGAGGGGGUUGAUAUUGAGGUGGUGGCAGAAGGUAAAGGCUUUGCUCUGUUUCAGCUUAAUGUGUUCUACAACGUGAUGAACCUGAGAACGUCGCUCAGACGGCGUGACAUACACACAGAUGAGGCCUUUUAUUUGUAUAUAGACGUAAUGGACAAUGAGGAGUUCAGUGUAAACCUUCACAUAUGUUUCAGGCUGAGGGAGGACCAGGGCCUGAGACAGACGGGUAUGGCAAUACUGGACGUGGGUUUACUCUCGGGGUUCAGUUUGGCCCAAAACGGUGUCCAGCUAAAUGAUAUAGUCAGACGAGUAGAGACACCUUCAGGACGAGUUACACUUUAUUUAGACACGGUGACCACAAUGGAAAGGUGCGUUGAAAUAUCCACCACCCUGGAAUUUAAGGUGGUCAAUGUCCAAGAUGCUGUGGUCAUGAUCUAUGAUUACUAUGAGCCCAGACGGAGGACAGUGCGGUCCUACACAUCUGAGGCAAGACGGGACAUGUCUGUGUGUUCGCUAUGUGGGCCGGAUUGCUCCGAGUGUGGGGUUCGAGACAUCUGGCCGACUGACGGGACACCGUCCAUUAAUAAACAUCCACUUCUGGCUCUAAGUUUGACCACAGCACUCAUCAUCCUCCUGUCAAUCUGCAACUAG